UCAUUUUGUGUCGAGCAUCUAGUUGAUAUGUGGCCCUACCAGUGGUCCUAAAUCAGUGCCUUGUUUGUAGGAACUCCAUUCGUGGACUCGUACUCCACCUCCAGAGAGCAGAGCAGAGUAGUCGAGACACACUGAUGUCAGAACCUCUGAGGGCUUUGUUGAACAGUGCAGGGCAGCUCUACCAAAAGCCAAGAUGUAUUUUGUCUUUGUGGUUUUGGGAUUGCUGCUGUCCCCUCAGCGAGCACAGAGCGUCAGAGAUAAAAGGGCAACUUGCAAGCCGGUAACAGCCAGCUUUUGUCAGGGUGUGGGAUACACCACCACCCACCAACCGACUGGAGCCUCAGGCUACAGCCUGCAGCAGAUUGGUCAGAUUGUGGAGACGGCCUGUUCCCCGGCAGUGGCCACGGUCAUGUGUCGCGUCGUUGUGCCUGAAUGCAGCUCGGAAGACGACAGCCGGUUGAAGCCAUGCCGAGCUCUCUGCGAGAAGGUCAAGACAGACUGCGAGUCUGCACUCAGAGCGAAGCGGUUGUCCUGGCCGCCGAGGCUCCGGUGUGAAGCUUUGCCACAGUCUAACUGUGUACAGGGUCAAGAAACCAUUGUAGCCCCAACUUCCCCUGCCACAUGUCAGACAAUAAAUAUCCCUCUCUGCUCGGGCCUACUGUACACAGAAACCGUGCUGCCCAAUCUUCUAGGCCACAGAACCCAGGAAGAGGCGGGCCAGGAGGUGCAUCAGUUUUAUCCACUUGUGAAAGUGGACUGCUCCCCACAACUGAAGCCCUUCCUGUGCUCCGUCUACACUCCGGAUUGUGUGGCAGGAAAACCUCGGCCUCCCUGCAGAACCCUCUGUGAACAGGCACGGUCCGGCUGUGAGUCACUAAUGAACAAGUUUGGCUUUGUUUGGCCCGAAGCCCUCAGGUGCGAAGCAUUCUCCACAGAAUCAUGUCUACACGGUCAAGACAGCAUUGUUACUCAAACAUCAGUUGCAACAUGUCAGACAAUCAGUGUCCCGCUCUGCAAAGACCUGCCUUACACUGAGACUGCGAUGCCCAAUGUUCUCGGCCACAAAACUCAGGAGGAGGUGGGCCUGGACAUAAAUGUAUUUUAUCCACUUGUGAAAGUGGAGUGCUCCGCUCACCUGAAGCCCUUCCUGUGCUCCGUCUACACUCCGGAGUGUGCGGCGGGAAACGUCCGGCGUCCCUGUAGAACGCUCUGUGAACAGGCACGGUCCGGCUGUGAGUCAGUGAUGAACAAGUUUGGCCUCAAGUGGCCCGAAGUCCUCAGCUGUGAAGCAUUCACCACAGAAUCGUGUGAACACUAUGGAGUGAGCAGCAGCGGGAGGAUGUGUGAGCCGAUCACCAUACCGAUGUGUGAAGGUUUGUCGUACAACCAGACCAUCAUCCCGAAUCUCCUCGGACACACAAGUCAAAGAGAAGCCGUGAUGAAGAUGUCCUUUUUCAACUCGAUCGUGCAAACUGUGUGCCCGGUGGACAUACGCCUCUUUCUGUGUAGAGUGUACGCCCCCCAGUGUGUGGCCGGGGAAGUGCAGUGGCCCUGCAGGUCUUUCUGCGAGAGAGCCAGACAGGGCUGUGAGAGUCUGAUGAACAGUUUCGGCGUUUCCUGGCCAGCAGAGCUGCAGUGUAACUCAUUCCCAGAGGAAAUGUGUAUAACAGAAGACAGCAGGACUGAGAUGCUUAAUGCAGAAGCUGUUCUUCUCAAACUGAAUGCUGGUGGAUUGACUGUCCGUGGCAAAUCCCUAAGUCUCAGCACAGCCCGUCUGCUAUUGACUCUCAUGGAUGCAGACAAGACCAGAGACCUGGACGUGGUGGAGUUCUUCAAACUGGAGCAUUACGUGGCCGUUAUCAGGAGGGAGUAUGUGGAGAGCUACGAGAGAACAAAUCCCUCCUCCGUCACUCAAACCCAAAUGAAAAGGGCUCUGGCUGUCCGUGAAUUCAGUUUAGACGAUGAAACCUUCAGGAGUCUGUGGCUGGAGUUCGGCUCCCGAGGUGGGAUCAACUACGACGAGUACGUGGCACUGGUGACGAAACUUCAGAUCCUCAAAGAUCGUUUCAAGGCCCAUCUGCUGAGUUUGCCAUGUGACUGCCAAGUCGCCAGCUUCUCCUUCAAGCAGUUCAUGAAUUCAGCUAUAAUCUGAGGAGGAAACCAGAGCUGAGCUGAAAGAACCAGAGGAAGAAUGUUUUUUUUAAUUUUAUUUAGUCGCACAGAGCUGUAGGGAUGAAUAUACAUAAAAUAAACCGUCAUUGUUAACGUACAGAAAUAUUCAAGGGACACAAAUAUUAUUACAGUAUUCAGAGAAUUAGCACUGACUGAUUGGAAAAGUAACAGCCCCUCCCAUGCUUUUUUUUAUUAUUCCAUUAGUUUUAUGCUCAGUUGCUCAAACAUAAGAGUUAUCGGUGUUAUUAUGAUUAAAUUGUACGACACAUUCAGACAUACUUUGUGCUUCAAUAAAAGCUCAUGGCCAAAUA